CGCGCUUUGUCCGUCUGGCGGCUGCCAAUAAAGUUGUGUUUGAAGCGGGGACUUCCGGCGGCGGCGGCGGGGCGCGGAGCUGCGGGCGCGAUGAUGUCGCUGGAUUUCCUGAACGAUGUGCGGCGCAUGAACAAGCGGCAGCUGUACUAUCAGGUGUUGAAUUUUGGUAUGAUCGUAUCAUCUGCACUGAUGAUAUGGAAAGGAUUGAUGGUUCUCACAGGGAGUGAAAGUCCAAUUGUGGUUGUACUCAGUGGGAGCAUGGAACCUGCAUUCCAUCGAGGGGACCUGCUGUUCCUGACAAAUCGUGUCGAAGAUCCUAUUAGAGUUGGCGAAAUUGUUGUCUUCAGAAUUGAAGGACGAGAAAUUCCAAUUGUACACAGAGUGCUGAAAAUUCAUGAGAAGGAAAACGGCGACAUCAAGUUCCUGACGAAAGGCGACAACAAUGCUGUUGAUGACAGGGGCCUAUAUAGGCAGGGACAACACUGGCUAGAGAAAAAAGAUGUUGUGGGAAGAGCUCGUGGGUUUGUCCCUUAUAUAGGAAUAGUGACCAUUCUUAUGAAUGACUACCCAAAAUUUAAGUAUGCAGUGCUCGUUCUGCUGGGUCUGUUUGUGCUGCUCCAUCGAGAGUAAAGAAGGGUGGACUUCACCUGAGGAUAGUAGUGGAGUUUCACCAAGUGUUCUGGAUGACCAACAGUUGUGCACAUCUGCAGCUAUUCCCAGGGACUUCUGCUUCCUGACAGAUGUUGAUUCAGUGUUUUUAAUGAAGGUCUGUACUGUGGAAACCUUAAUUGAUGGACAGAAAGAUGCCAUCUUCCACACAAAAGCUUUUGGAUUCUGCAUCUUAAAUUUCUAGUGCAAAGUGGCAUUGGCUUAUUUGGCAGAGAGGAGAAAGUGAAUGGGGGGUGGGGGGUGGGGGGUGGUAGUGGAGGUAUGGUUGGGGUGGGGGGUUUGAAACCUGGUGUCAUAAUACCAAGUUGCAACUUCUAGCUUGGACCUUAUAUGGUCUGCUGCUGCUGUUUCAAUACAGAUUAAAGUGUUCCAUCCUGCAGUGUUGUGUGUCAGCUCUCUGCCUACAGACAUCGCCAGCACACCACCUCCCCUCGGUGCCAGGUUUAUGAUUUGGUGACUGACUCAGAAGCCAGCCAGGGGGCAGUUCUGCAUGUGAGUAGGUUUGCUGGCACUGGCUUGCUGGCAGAUUGUUCUCCUGUUGUACUUGACCAACGAAUUCCUGCCCACCCCAGAAACCCCAACUGAAUACACACAGUGCAAUGUAUGGUUGACUGUAGGUGAAACUUAUAAAUCCACAAAGAUGGUGAAUUGUGUGCCAGGGCCAAACAUGGAGCAUAACCAGGGAUUCUAUAUAAUCCUUGGAAGGAGAGAAGAUGCCUAGAUUUUCAGCUUUAAUUACAGGCCACCAUUUAAGAUGUUUUUCAGAAUCUAAUGUAUGUAAAUCAUGGACAAUUGUGUGCCCAGUACAACUGUAUUACAGGCAUGGGACAAUUAGGAAUCUUAUUGUUGUGUUUAAAAAAAAUGCAGGAAUUACUAAGUGGGUCAGGCAACAUCUGUGCAAAGAGAAACAGUUAACGUUUUAGGUCUAAGAUCCUUUGUCAGAACUGGGAAAGAGAAAACUUGGUUUGAACUGAAACCGCUAACUGUUUUGCUUUUCACAGAUGCUGCCCAACCUUCUAAGUGUUUCCAGCAUUUUUACUUUGGGUCUCUGGUAUCUGCAGGUCUUGUUUUGACUUUCAUCUUCUCUUUCUAAAUGGAAAGGUGACAAAAUGUGCAGAUGAUUUUUUUUUUACAUUUAGUGACUAAUCUUUUUGGGAAUGUUUUGUACUGGAAACCAGUUCCAAAUUAAUUUACAAAUUGAAAGCUUUGGGCAAUAAAUUAGUGAGAAUCUUAUUACGUCAGAACAUAAAUAGAAACAAGAGUAUGCUGUCCAAACCUGCUCUGCCAUUCAUUGAGCUCCUGUCUGAUCUAACACCUCAGCAGCAUUUUCCAGCUCUAUAUUUUUCCCUGAUGCAUAAAGAAAAAAAUCAAUCAAAUAUACAUGGUGACUGAGCCCUGUGGGGUAGGGAAUCCCAAAGUUUUGCCAUCUCUGACGAGAGAAAUUUCUCCUUUGCUCAGUCCUGAAUGGCCAAUGCUGUAUUCAGAAACUGUGUCUCUGGUCCAAGACUCCUCAACCCGGGGGAAACGUCCUCCUUGCCUCAAGCUAGUCUCACUCUUCAGGAAUCUGGCACAUGUCAAUAAGAUCACUUCUCCUAAACUCUGGAGAAAACAGCCCCAGUCCGCUCUAUCUCUUCUCGUAUGGCAAGUCUGCCGUUCCUGGAACCGUCUAGUGUUAACCACCAUCUACACCUUUCAUUACAUUUAUUUGCGGAAGGACUGCGUCCAAUUAGAUUUGUUUGUGCUGAAAUCCUGGCAGCUAAUUUUAAUUGAGUGUUUAUGGGUGUAAAUUCAUUGAUAAAAUGUAAAAUCCAUGGAUUAUAUCGACAAACCCUGGCAUGCUCUUAAUGGGAGGCUGUAUUUGUAAAUCCUAAUACAGUUCUCUGCAGCUGCUUGUCUUAAUGUUCAUUAGUAACAGACAAUAUGAUCAGUACUUUUCUCCGAUAUAUUCUCAGCAUACUGGGACUUUUAUGGAUAUUUUUCGUGUUUUUGUGUCUCAAACUCUGCUCAUCGUUCUUCUUUUGAGCUUGCUGUCUUUUGCACCAGUGUUUGUUGUUUUAAAGGACAAACUGAAUCAGACUUCGUGCAGAUCCCAGCUUUAACUUGCAACCAGCAUUUUUUUCUUUUGUAUCUAACCCCCAUGAAAAUGUGUGCUAUUAAUGUUAAUUUACAGUUGAAUUAAACAACACUGAAUCUGACUUUAUUGUACUGUCAUUGAGAUUUCCAGCACAAUAUUUUGGAAGCAGAGCCCCUUGUUUUCAUGAUGAUUCCAAUUUACUUUGAAUGGUUAUACUGUGAGAUACUGUGACCCUGUACCCACAAGAAGCCCCUUCUCAGUAAUCUUCUUGUGGGGAUUAAGUGGAAGAUUCAGUGCAUCAAUAAAACCAUUUCUGUAA